AUGCCCAUGGCUCUCGAGUCAUGGCUCACCAAGGUCCGCUCAGCCAUGUCCUCUGCCAGGUCGUCCUCUGGAGGUUCGGGGGCGCCACCGGCCGGGCCCAGGACGAAGCAGAGCACCGUCGGCAUCCUCGCCUUCGAGGUCGCCAGCCUCAUGUCCAAGCUCCUCCACCUGUGGCGGGCCGUCGGUGACGCCGCCGUCGCACGCCUCCGCCACGAGACCAUCCACCUCCACGGCGUCCGCAAGGUGGUCUCCGACGACGACCACUUCCUGCUCGGCCUCGCCCGUGCCGAGCUCGUGGACACGCUCAGGGCCGCCGCCGACUCCGUGGCCGCGCUCGCCGCGCGCUGCGCGGACCCCAGCCUCCGCGACUUCAGGUACGCCUUCCUGGAGCUGGCCGACACCGGCCGCGACCGCCACCGCUGGGCGGCGCCCAGUUGGAAGGAGAUGGACGCGAGGGCGAGCAAGAUGGACAAGCAGGUGGCCGCCACCGCCGCGCUCCGGAGGGCCAUGGAGGAGCUGGCCGAGGCCGAGCACGGCCUCCGGAAGCUCCUCGUCCUCCAGUGCGCCGCCAGCAGCAACGGCAACGGCAACGGGGGCGGCCAUCGGCGCAGCCUGUCGGCGAGCAAGAUCUCGGUGGCGGCGGAGCAGCAGCAGCUGGUCUUCUCCAAGAAGCAGGAGGUGAAGCACCUGAAGCAGACGUCCCUCUGGGGCUGCACCUUCGACGCCGCCGUCGCGUCGCUGGCCCGCGCGGCGUUCACCACCCUGGCGCGCAUCAAGGCCGUCUUCGGCGCCGGCCAGGAGCAGCUCCACCCGCCGCUGUACCGCAGCUUGACACUCUCCUCGGCGGUGCACCCGUCAGCCGACGCGCGGUCGGAAUCAGAUACGUCCCCGGCGCCGCCGCCGCCGGUGUCUCGCAAGUCCAUGUCAAUGGAGGAGCUGCUGCUGUUCGACAUCGACCAGCCGUCGUUCGCUUCGAAACCGAAGCGGCAGUGCUGCGGGUUCCUGGAGGACAGCUCGGCGGCGCUGACGCCCCCGGCGGGGACGCUGGGCGCGGCGGCGCUGGCACCGCGGUACGCCUGGCUGGUGAUCUCGAUCGAGCGGAUGGCGCGGUCGCCGCGUCUGGUGGGCCCCGAUGAGCGGGACGAGCUGUACGGGAUGCUGACGGCGAGCGUGCGCGCGCAGCUCCGGGCGCGGCUGCGCGGCGCGGUGCCCGCGGCGGACCCGGUGCUGGCGGGGCAGUGGCGCGCGGCGCUGGCUGGGAUCCUGGAGUGGCUGGCGCCGAUGGCGCACGCGACGGUGCGGUGGCAGGCGGAGCGCAGCCUGGAGCAGAGGGGCCCGGCGGCGGCACGGGGUGGCACCGGCAGCGUGCUGCUGCUGCAGACGCUGCAGUUCGCGGAGCGCGACAGGGUGGACGCGGCGGUGGUGGAGCUCCUGGUGGGGCUCAACUACGUGUGGCGGUUCGAGAAGGAGAUGAUGAGCUGCCGCACUCUGUUCGCCGUCCACCACCGGCAGCAGCUCCCGGCGGCGAUGAUGGAGCUGGCUAGCUAG